AUGUCUUAUGGUUCACGAUGGUCAAAUAAAAGAAGUUCGGGAAUAAAAAAUGAUUACGAUGAUGGUCAAAUGUCUCCUGUUGAUGAAGAACUUAUAAGCAUAGAAGGAGGCGAAUACUUCCUUCCAAGCGCUGAUAAAGAUAUUGAAAGAUUACAAAUGCAGCAUUUUCUUUUUAGAUACAUCUGGGAUGGAAAUUUUUCAUCUCCGAUCCAUGACAACUUUAUUGAUGAUUUGGCUACUCAAUAUCCGACAUCAACCUUUAUCGGAGUCGAUGAUGAUGAAGCUCGUUCUCGCAUACAUAUCGAACUACCAAAUGCCGAAUUUAUUCAUCUUAAUGAUAUGUUAGAAGAGUUACCAUUUCCAGAUGAUACUUUUGAUUUCGUGAACCAAAGGUUUUUCACAACUGUAUCCAUUGAUAAAUGGAAAAUGUUUAUCUUACCAGAGAUUAUUCGUGUUUUAAAACCAAAUUCAUAUUUAGAGAUAAUGGAGAUGCCGGCUUGGUGCGAUAUGGGUCCUGUAACAAAACAAAUAAUGAAAUCCUUUAAAGAAUAUCUGGAAACAAUAAAUGUUUACCAUACAGAACCUCUUCAAUUGGAACAGAUUUUAAAACACUCAGGACUUGUCAAAAAUAUUCAUUGUUAUUCAAAAACUACUCAUUUAUGGAGAGGAAUGGUUGGUCAAUUGCUUUUCCGAAAUCAACUUCAAAAAAUUGAAUCAUGGAAAUCCGGUCUAUGUGAAUAUUUGAAAAUAAACGAAAAGCAUUUCAAUAGUAUGACCGAAACAAUGCAGGAUGAAAUAAUUAAAUAUAAAACCUCUCUUACAACUUAUAG